CUUAUUAUGAGUAUUAGAUAUUUUCGCCAUACCAUUCAAAGUCAUUCCUGCAAUGACUUCGAACACUACAAACCUUAGACAACUCCUUCAACACAAACAAGAACCAUUCAAGCUCAACAUAUACCUUCUUGAAAGACACUACUUGACCAACAAACCAAAUUCCAAGAGCUUCACUUCCUAUUAUGCUAAUGCAUCUAAGUUCUUGACCAUUAGGGAUAAGAAAAGAAGAAAAAUGGUGUCAAGAUUCUCCAUGACUAUAAAAACUCUUGCUAACAAGCUUGUGUUGGCAAAAAAACUCCGCCCAAAUUACCAAAAACAAAUCGAUAGAAGAAAGUACAACUGGAAUUGCAAGGAGAAUAAGCAGCAACUUAGCUCGGAUUUUGCAUCACAAGAAGCACAUUCUGAUAAAAACUCGCAAGUUUUUAACGAUAGUGAAGAAAGGGAUUUCAUAUAUAUCAACCAAGAAACCAAGCACUGCAUUCUCAAAAGUAAAAACACCGUAUUUGGGGUUUCAUCGCAUGAUGAAAGUUAUCCAAGCCUGUAAACUAAGAAACAGCAAUCAUGAACAUCAUGAUAUCAUGGAUGUCGAGGAACUAGGAAGCUCUUUACAUGAGAAUGUUUUAAAGUGGAGUAAGCACUCUACAAAUGACAAUAAUAUAUUCGAAUUAUGGGCUUCUUUUGAUCAUUGGAAAUAUGAUUCUCAAGAAGAAAGAAUACAUGUUGCUAAGAUGAUAGGAGACUCUAUUUUAGAUGAUAUUGUUGCAAGUGAGUUUGUUCAUCAAACGAUCCAUAAACACGAAUUUGAAAGCUUGUAAUUAAAUGUAAAGCAGUUACUAUAUUUGUGUUUGAUUUGUAAUUAGAUGACUAUAUAGUUCCUAGUAAAAGUUAAAAGUUCCUAAA